ACUCGCUCCGCGUGCGGCGGUGACGUCACGGCCUACAGGAAUGGCGGCGCAGGCUGUUCGGGGAAGCGACCUAAAGAGCCCCAAACUUUACUGCUAACGCCGUUUGCGGAAUUACAGAGAAACAGCCGAGAAAAAGAAAAGCCAAAGCCGGAAAGAUACCGAGGCGAGCUGCACGGCACUCGAAUCGCUCCCGCCGGGCGUGCGGCGCCAGCGUCGGGGUCCAGGAGUUGGGUGCCGACUUUGUGUUGCUCUGCUAGCUACCUGGCUAGCUAAUAUAAUCAUAUAUAGACUUGCAGGCUACGGUUAGCUGGGUAAAAGUUGCAUAGCCGUAUAACUGGGCUAUUUAUUUUAUUCGGGAAGUUUUAAAAUACAGCGGCCACUUGUAGCAGGGUUCGCGGCGGCAGCGCAGCGAGCGUUAAGCCGAGGCGCGUCGCGCUUCUCGCUCUUUGUGGUCGCUAACGCAGCCGGGUUAGCCAGCUAGCCAGCCUGCCCGCCCGCGGCGCUUUUAUGCCACAAUGGAAACUUUAACCCUGAGCGACGUGGAGCAGAAAUAUUACUCGGAUCUGUUCGUCUACUGCGACACGGACAACACGAAGAAAGUGGCCUCCAGCGUUAGGGUUCGCGACCUCUUCCGAGCGGCCCAGCUGCCGAACGAGGUGGUGCUGCAGAUCAAAGAGCUUUGCGGAGCUACGCGCCUUGGGCACUUUGGACGAAGCCAGUUCUACAUUGCAUUAAAACUGAUAGCUGUGGCCCAGUCAGGCUUACCACUGCGGGUGGAAAGCCUAAACACUGUCAAGGACUUGCCUCUGCCGUGGUUCGGCGUGGGAAAGAACGAGCAGGAGGUGAGACACGCCGCCCUGUACUCAGACUCCGAGAACCAGGCGCCUUACUCCGGCGUGAUCCCGCGGCCCCCGGGCCGAGCGCAGCCCAAGAAGACUCAGCCCCACGAGUCUCUACAGCCCUGCGUGUCCACGAUAGACUCGCUGCCCGACACGACCUCGCCUGUGGGCUCCCCGACGCAGUCCCCUCCCACCUCACCCCAUACCUGGAGGAAGCACAAACGGCAGGCUAGCGGAGGUAACUCGGAACGUCAGCCUGUGGUAACCGGCGCUGUUUGGGCCCCCUUCGGAGAGGCACAGUCAGGGCCAGUGACGGGUGACGGGAUGUGGUCGCCCCCUGUUCAGGAGAGUUGGGUCAGUUUCACAGACACGCCUCCCUCUAGCACACUUCCCACUGUGCACCCCUCGUCAGUCCAGGAGGGCACGACGAUAAGGAUCGCGGCCUCUGCUACAACCUCCAAUGAAAUCCAAAGGCAAUCCAGCAGUUACGACGACCCGUGGAAAAUCACCGACGAGCAAAGGCAGUAUUAUAUCAAUCAGUUCAAGACCAUCCAACCUGACCUGAAUGGCUUCAUCCCCGGCUCCGCUGCCAAAGAGUUCUUCACUAAAUCGAAGCUGCCCAUUCUCGAGCUGUCUCACAUUUGGGAGCUGUCAGAUUUCGACAAGGAUGGCGAGUUAACACUGGACGAAUUCUGUGCGGCGUUUCACCUGGUUGUGGCGAGAAAAAACGGCUACGACCUCCCAGAGAAGCUUCCGGAGAGCCUGAUGCCCAAACUCAUCGACUUGGAUGACUCCGCGGAAGUCCCAGACCAAGUCCAGGAGGUCGGGUACCCAAACUCUCCCGUGGAAGUGACUCCGAAUAAAUCUCCCUCCAUGCCUUCGCUCAACCAGAACUGGCCGGAGUUGAAUCAGAGCAACGAGCAGUGGGAGACUUUUAGCGAACGCUCGUCAAGCUCACAAACUCUGACCCAAUUUGAUUCUAACAUUGCACCAGCUGAUCCUGACACGGCGAUAGUGCAUCCCGUCCCAAUCCGCAUGACCCCCAGCAAGAUCCACAUGCAGGAGAUGGAGCUGAAGAGAACUGGAAGCGACCAUGCUCAUCCCACAAGCCCUCUGAUGGCCAAACCACCUGAGCUGUCAGAAGAAAAUAAGCUGGCAGCUUCUAUAAAGUUCGGAGCCAGCAACACCGUAGGUGACUGUUACAGCAGCUCCGAUUCCUUCACUUCGGAUCAAGAACCGAUUGCGAGUGUGGUGACGAGGCAGAGGUCUCAUUCGGGUACGUCUCCUGAAGGGCUAAAGGCAGUGGCCCCACCCCCACCGCCCCCCCGGCCCCACGCCUCGCACUCCAGGUCCUCGUCUUUAGACAUGAACAGGAGUUUCGCUGCUGUCCCUGCAGGACAGCAGCAAGCCGGAGUUGUCCCCUAUGCCCCGGCCGUGCCCCCCAGGCCGCAGCCCACCCAGGCCGCGGGCUCUCAUGCACACCGCCCGGCGGACGGCGACAGCCUGGGGCCCCACGCCAGCACCUCGCCCCAGCAGAUUCCCGAGCAGCCCAACUUUGCCGACUUCAGCCAAUUUCAGGCCUUCGCUGUGGAGCAGCCUUCGGACGAGACGGAGAAGCACGCGGAGGGAGCUCAGAGCGCCUGUCGUCUGCCCACGCAACCGGAGAAGUCAGGCGAGCCGGCGGCUUCGUCACGCACCCCAAAGGCCGAUCCUCAGGCCGAGGACAGGGCCGCAGCUACUGUGAACUCGACCAAAGGGGCCACACCCCUGGCCCCGCCCCCAAAGCCUGUGCGGCGGAGGUUAAAGUCGGAGGAUGAGCUGAGACCGGAGGUGGAGGAGCACCUGCAGAAGCCGAACGUCGUGCCGGCCGUGCUGAGCACUCAGCUGUCCAUCCCCAGGUCAGUCGGUAAGGAUAAAAAGGCCAUACAGGCCUCUAUCAGAAGAAACAAGGAGACGAACACCGUGUUGGCCAGACUCAACAGCGAAUUGCAGCAGCAGCUGAAGGAUCUGCUCGAGGAGAGGAUAUCAUUGGAGGUGCAGCUUGAGCAGCUCAGACCGUUUUCACACCUGUAAUGCGCACGUCCGCAUAGCUGCUUCUGGUUCAGACCUGACCUCUGCCAGGAUGCUCCAGUCCACCUCCCUCCCACCUCCCUCCCACCUCCCUCCCACCUCCCUCCCCCCAUCUACACCUUGUCUAUACUUCAGCUGACUCGCCCCUGCAGACGCCGGAGGGCCAUAGAGCACGUUAACCUGGACCGUUUCGGGACAAGAAGCGCCCGGCACCCGUGCAGCUGUUCCCCAUAAUGUAUGUGCAAUUGUAAGAGACUGGGUAGACCUGUGGGUGGCAGACUCGCGCAUGGGAGGCGGCCAGUCGUCUUGGCGAGAGGGCAGGCCGCGGAGGAGCUUGUCUGGGAGACGCUUCCCUCCGCAGCGAGGUCAGGAACGCCAUGGGAUUAUCCGGAGUGCUGCAGCAACCAUGAAGGCUUUAUUUCCGAGUGUCUUUGGUCCAUUCUGGACAUAUCGUACCAAUCUGUACUCUCACGCAACAAGGCUUCUGCUUCUCGUUUGUGUGUGUGUGUGUGUGUGUGUGUGUGUGUGGGUGUGGGUGUGUGUGUGUUUUUUCUGUUCUCUUAAUUUCACAUAGCCUUCAGCAGUUAAAACUAACAGGAUGAGUCGCCUGCCACCCCCCCCCCCCCCCGCGUAUGAUUCACGACAGCCAGUUUCUCCUUUUUAAACCCCCCAGCCUUCCUACACGGACACUGCCCUCUCCUUAACACAGUUCAUCAUCUGAGAAAGACCUGUUCCAGGCAGAGUUUCCUCAUAAGAAUCUGAAGUUUAAUGGCUGCACUUUCUUCCACCUUCCACCUGGAUCCCAUUUUGACUCAUUUUGAACACAUCUCCUUUUUUUAAAAAAAAAGAAAAAUAACCACCUGUUCUCUGUCUAACCCUAAAUACCGGCUUAUGUUGGCGCCUAAAAGUCUAGUAUGAUCUGAUCAUGUUGGCACCUGUUGGUUUUUCCAUGUCCUUUUCUCGUCUCUCCCCAUCUUCUGCUCAUCUAAGCCUUAUUUCUGGCAUUCAGGUUUUCACUAUAUAUAUAUAUAUAUAUAUAUAUAUAUAUAUAUAUAUAUAUAUUUCUCCUGUUGAACCAAGGCGAGCCUUUCUCCUGCUGUUCAGGUUGAUGUACUGUAUAAGGGGUAUCUUGUAUAUUGUAUGAUACACACCUUUGAUCUCAUAUGUAAAUUUGCAUUAAUUGCUGACUAACAGCAAAUAUUCUAUUUAAUUGCUUAUAUUAUGGCUGUGAGAUCAUAGAUGUUUAACUGCAUGGAUGUGUCUCUGCAGAAUGAACUAGCCGCUGUGUGAUUUUUACGCAAGAAAUAAAAACAGCACAAUAUUUUAAUGGCCUCUCGUAUUUCCCAGAAGCCUGUUUAUCAAGCAGUCAUAAUGAAGAACUUCAAAGAGAUGCUCUUAAGAUUAUUUUCCAGCAUUUUGAUACUUGAUGGGAAUAAUAAAACUAAAGUCAAUCCACAA